GCCGCAGCACCCACGGGGGGGCUGAUUGGUUAAGACAUGCUGACACGCUGUCUACCUUUGUACAGCUGGAGAGAGUGAUUAAAGGCUUCCCCAGAAGCUUGCAAUUGGACACUCCAGCUGUGUGCGGUCGCCUCAGGAAGGAGAAGACACGCUUCUCAGCUCUGCUCAGGAAAGACGAAGGUUACAUUUUGGAAAUGGCUGUUGCUUUGAAGCACCUCACCUAUGCCAUUCUGGUAGCCGUGGUUGUAUUCUCCUCCAUUGCCCUCAUUCUCAGCUUGGUGAGAAUCAGCAAUGUUUUCUUGCCACCCAAGAAUAAGUAUGGGAUGGUGUUUGAUGCGGGCUCCUCCCACACCUCUCUGUUCAUCUACCAGUGGGAGUCGGACAAAGAGAACAACACCGGAGUGGUCAGCCAGACAUUAUCCUGUGAUGUUGAGGGACCUGGUAUAUCAAGCUACGCUAACGAUCCUCCAAAAGCUGGUGAGUCCCUAAGGAAAUGCCUGGAUGAAGCCAUGAAGACCAUUCCUGCUGAGAGGCAGAGUGAGGUACCAGCUUACCUUGGAGCUACAGCAGGCAUGAGGCUACUGAGGCAAAAGAACAAAUUAGCUGCAGAUCAAGUCUUGAAUGAAGUUGCUAAGACCAUGCAACAGUACCCUGUGAAUUUCCGAGGGGCUCGAAUCAUUACAGGAGAAGAAGAGGGAGCCUAUGGCUGGAUCACCGUCAACUACCUGCUGGACUCCUUCAUCAAGUACGCACCCAAACAACGUGACUGGAUCCACCCACACUCAGCCAAGAUCCUGGGUGCUCUGGACCUUGGAGGAGCAUCAGCCCAAAUCAGCUUUAUCCCCAGUGACUCAAUUACUGACACAACAAAAGCCUACAAGUUCAGCCUCUAUGGGUUUGGCUACACCAUCUACACACACAGCUACCUCUGCUAUGGGCAGAACGAGGCUCUGAAGCAGGUGGUGCAGAAACUAAUCAAGGAUACAAGUGCUAAGAAUGCCAGUCAUCCCUGCUACCCGAAAGGCUAUGAGACAACCAUUUCAACAGCUUCCUUCCUUGUCAGUCCUUGUACAGCUGCCCAUGAGUCAUUUCCACCUGAAGCCCCGCGGAAUGUGACACUGUUUGGCACAGGCAAUGCCACAGAGUGCCUCAGGGUUGUCAGGCAGAUCUUCAACUUCUCUGCAUGUGGCCAGGGUCAAACCUGCGGCUUCAAUGGCGUCUACCAGCCUCCAGUCAAUGGGCAGUUCUUUGCAUUCUCUGCCUUUUACUACACCUUCAGCUUCCUCAACCUGACCAGCGGGCAGUCCCUGGCCACUGUCACCAAUACCAUCCAGGAGUUCUGUGCAAGAAACUGGACAUAUCUGUUAUCAAGUUACCCCAAAGAGAGAGAAAACUGGCUGCGGGAUUACUGUGGUAAUGCCAACUACAUCCUUGUGCUCUUGCUGGAUGCCUAUAAAUUCAGUGAAACCAACUGGAAAAAUAUUAUGUUCCAGAUGAAGGCUGCGAACACAGACAUCGGCUGGACCCUAGGCUACAUGCUGAACCUCACCAACAUGAUCCCUGCGGAGACCAUGGAACAGGUGAAAGGACACAGUCAGGACACCUGGAUUGCUGCCAUCUUUUUCAUCAUCCUAACUCUGGCAAUUUGCAUCGUUGCCCUGGCCAUUUUCUUCUGUUCAUAGGAGCCAUUUAGCAGGAAGGUACAGCGAAGACUCCAGCACCUAAGACUGUGUCAGUUAAUCUGAGACCUGAAUCAAUUAAUAGGAAGUUUGAGGACCGCUGAUCACUAAACAAUAGGGCCCUCAAGCACGGACAACUUGCAGGUUGCAACAACUGAAGUGAAUGAGCCUCACCUCAGCCAGCAGCACGCAAAGUGUGAGCCUCUACCUUGAGCCAAAAAACCAUGGACAUGUGUUUUAAGGGUGUUUAGGCACCAUACACUUGGAGAGAUUUUUCAGAAGCAUCUGUGUUCUUAAUUCUCGGCAAUUGCACCACGGCUUAAUUGUCUGAGUGCUUCUGAAAGUCCAAUUAGAAGUCUGCCUGCCCCCUGAGGCACCAAAAUAACUUUCAGUUCUGCAACCAAUAGCUGACUCACGGGUGUCCUGUGUCAGAUAACCACUAAGGGGAGCCAAAGCCUCAGCAUUCUCCUGCAGUUAUAGUCUGGUACUGUCCUUAAAGAGGGCCUCUGGCUGUAGAUCAAUGGUUCUCAACCUUUUAGAGUCAGGGCACCCUCCAUAACUUUUGCAAAUUUGGUAGCACCGCAGCUGAGAAACACCAUUGUGUUACCUCAGUUUAUCUCUGUGGUUCUCAACUGGGGUGCUGCUGCCACCACUGCCAGGUGGAUGUGCCAUGUGCCUUAUGCACCACCAGAUCGAGAAAGUCUUCAGCAAGACCGGGUACUCCUGCCUGCUUUAGGUUUAUCAGACAAUCCUAAUGCAGAUGGGAGUACCAGCUCCCACCACAGUCCUUUCCAAUCUGGCUAUGCACAAAGCAUGCAGGGCAGGUCCAUCUGGCUGCCACAACAGUGAGACCCAUGCUGUAGCACCCCUGAAGGUGUCCUAUGGCUCCCCAAUUGAGAACCAUUACUCUAGGUACUUAUUUGUACCCCUCUUACCCCACAAGGAAGGACUCUGGGCUGUCAGGAGUAGGGAUGACUUCAGGAGUGGAUCCAGGGAGGGUGCAGUGAUGCACCCUAAACAUUUCCCUAAUUCCUGUUGAUCUCUCUCCAUUCCCAGGCAUUAACAACCCUCUCUCCAUUUUAAUGGUCUUGAUGUUUAUCUCUUCAAGCUAUCCUUUGUUCUGUAAUUUUGCUUGCUUUUAGCUAUUCCUGGUAAAUGUCUCUCUUUUAUUUUACAGCUCUGCAGGCUGUUUUUAGCUCUAGCUAAAAACCUUAACUCAGGUAUGAUAAUAUUAAUUUACGUAUAGAAAUGAUUGACAGUGAAGUAUUGGAGGCAUUGUCAAGACACUCAAGAAGACUAGAUUUUGUUUUAUGACUCUGAAUAAACGAUUUAGAUUUUACUAUGACGACUACAGGACUAAUGAUACAAUAUCCUUUGACCAUUUUUGCCUAGUAUGUUGUUUUUUUAAGAUUGUAUAUAUACUCUAGCAAAUUGGUGCACAUUCCAAGAAUUAUAUUUGUUUUUGUUUUGAUCUUAAACUGAAUAAUAUAAUGCUAACCCUUGGCCAUAUUGGUAGAGCUUCUAGUUUCUCUUCCACUGGAGAAAAAUAUGUGUUAUAUGUGAUGAUGUGCCAAAGUAUCUGCACCCCGUUUUUCAAAAUCCUAUAUCUGCUCAUGGGUGACUCCAACAGCCCAUCCUUGAAGGAGCACCUGGCUGUGUAUAAUCUUAUUAAUGCCUUGUUCCCUCUUAAAAUAAUUUAUGAGAGUAACCACAGUCCCAUGCUGGGCUCCACCAGGACUAACAGGCAGAGCAAAGAUGCCUUCAGGGCCUCCAGGAGGUAAAGGUGUUCUGAGCCUUGCACCUUUUCUCUAGUAAAGACAGAGCAGACAGUGGGCUUUGCUGGUUGCUUCCCGCCCCCCCCCCCAUCCCCCUUUUUCUGCUACGUGUGUCAGGAUGUUUUUUAGAUGUCCUUAGAGACACUGGUUGGCUGCAGCCAAGGCUUGGGAUUUUGACUAGGAUGUGCCAAUGCUCCUGCUGGGACUUAAAGCUAGAGAUUCCUGGCUAGAGGGUCUUGCCCCUCCAUUCAGGGACAGACUGAUUGCUGUAUUUGUGAUCAGGAAGGAAAUUUACUUUGUGGUCUGAUUGGUAUGGACUGUGGCGGUUUUUGCCUUCUUCUGCAGUGGGGAGCAUGGCCCUCUGCCUGGGUUCUCUUGAGCAUAUGUUAACAACCUUUUAUAGAAGCAGGACAUUGGCUGCUCUGGUCCCCCUGCUCUACCUGUGGCAAAUUACGGUGUUAUGUCUUAUGUUGUGUCACAGUUGACUGUAUAGUUUUACUAAGAGAUUAAUUUAUGGGUUUGUAUAGGAUGGUUUGGAUAGGGGUGAUCUUGCCUCAGGCAGGAGGUUGGACUAGAUCUGUGGUUCUCAAUCUUUUUUGUACCAGGACCCAUUUGUAAACAUCAAUGGCCAGUCCCGACACAGUGCCCCUCACUCCCAACCCAAUGGCCACCGCUUCAGGUGUGUGGGGCAGGCAGGGCCCCAAGCCGCCUUUUGCAGGCUGGAACUCUGAUAGACUACAAGGGAAAUGCCACCGUUUCCCACAUUUUUCUCCUUUAAAGGAGAAGCCCUUUUUCAAGGUUGUUGAGCCAUUCUUAAAGUUUGUUUGUGACCCUUUAUAUUCUUGCCACCACUUUUGGGUCACGACCCACAGGUUGAGAAGCACUGGACUACAGGACCUCUGGAGGUCCCUUCUAGCCCUUCUUUCUGAUGUUAUGAUUAUGCUUUGUGUAUUUCAAAUGGGAUAGUUGUUCAUGGGUAUGUACCUGAAGAGGAACCUUUUUAUGGUCCCUGUGUGAGAUAUUCACCCCAGCACACAGUUUAUACACGAUUAAAUCAAAUCAGGGCUCAAGUGGAAGGUAAUUCUCAUUCUAACUCUAUGUGCAGUGGUAAAUGUCAUCAUAUUUCUUUUCUACCUGUGACUGCUUCUCAUUGCUGUCUCCCACUCUGGACUUUCACUGUCACUGAUUUGUCUCCUACUCAACAAACCUAUCAAUAGGGCUGUACAAAUUCUGCCAAUGAGAAGAUGCACUUGGAUUUCUCUGGAGAAAGUGCAAAGACUUUGCACUUAUUCCUAUUUUAUUAUAGAAGUAAAUGUUACAGGGAAACACAAAAAGGAAAAAUAGCGAACCAGGCUGCAAAAGAAAAUACCAUUAUGAACCCAAUAACACCUGAACCAAAUGGAUCUUAAAGCUCCACUGAGAGUCCAUCCCAUGAGCUUCUGUACUAUAUGAAGUUUGCUCUACAGGUAAAUGACAAAUGCUACAAACUACAUGGAAAUAUGAAACACAAGGGAAAGCAAACCUUCAUGAGGCAAGCUGAAGUGGAGCUGAUCUGGCCUAGGUGUAAAUGCCAUAUCCUGUGAGACUGUCUCACACAUCUGUAAUGUGGAAAUCAUCUGGAGCAAAGGAAGCUAUCUAUGAGAAUGCUGUCCCAUGCCCAGAGGCCUCUUGUAUGCGUUACCAAAAAAACAAGCUAAAAAUAAGACCAAGGAGGGGGCAAGGAGAAAUUACUUAUGUUCAGAGAUCCUUGCUGGGCCAAAGAAUGGGUUCCCAGAGGGAUUCUGGGCAGGUCAUUGAGCUGCCAUGUGCUGAAAAAGCACCAAGCAGACGGUUGAGAAAACUUUCUCAGAGCCUCCUUGAGAGAGGUGGCUUCCAAAUGAUGGCAGUCUUGGGGACACUGGCCACAAAAUCCCCUACAGAUGUCCAAUCCCAGGGAUCCACAGCAAAAGUAAUGAGGCUUCCUUUGUGGGCCUGCCAUAGUGGAAACACUGCUGUAUGCAUUGAAUCUCUAUUGCUGUCUGUGUUGUAUUUGAUUUGCUGAAUCUUUUAAAUGGCAGCACUGGCUUUUUCACUGCACCCCUUUGGAAGAAGUCUUAUCUUUAUGCCAGUCACACUUCAUGUUGCUGAUGGAUCUUGGCUGAACUUUGGGGAAUCCUUUCAUGCCAAGUAGAUGCUGGUCCAGUGGAUCGUCAAGUGUAAAGAGUAUUUGUGUAAACUGGUAUGUUUGUAGGUGGAGGUUGGGAGAUUAAAUUGCAUUUUGCGGACUAA